AUGUCGAAUGUAACUGGAAUAGAAUUACGAAAAGUUCGACCUGAAGCAGUAAACGACAGAAGUGUACUCGAAUCAGUUGUCGACUUCCUUCAAGAUGUUGUGGAAAAAGUGCCUCAGGCAUACACAACAAGUCGUGUACCUAAUACUGAACAAUUAGAACCAAUUGAAUGGCUACGUUUUAUGCAAAAUGCACAAGAAUGGCAUCCAAAUUUACGUUAUGAUACCCUCGUAUUAAUAAUUGGCUUCAAAACUGGUGUCCAAUUAUGGACAAUUGAUACAAACGGUAUCGCAUUAGAAUUAUUUUCGAUAAAAGAACAUAAUAUAUCGUCAAGUUGUCUAUUAUUCACGCCACAUAACCGUUUGUAUGGAGAUGAUCCGUACAUCAAUCAACGACCGUUAAUCGUUUUUACAAAAUCGAUUGGAUCACCAUCGAUCCAGAUUCGUUCAUUGAAAUAUGAUCAUCAACAUCAGCAUGUUAAAACUAUUUUAUUGCAGACAGACUCAACAGGAAUUGAUUCAAAUAAGUAUGCACUUGUAUGUUCGACCCAAGCAUCGAUUAUUGGCUAUGAUCUUGUCAAAUUUGAAGAAAAAUUUCUUAUAUCAACAUGUUAUGCAAAUAAUUUGUAUCAUAAUUUGAAAUUAAAUAAUCCAUUUGCUUUAUCCACAAGAUGGUUAGCAUUUGUUGACUAUCGCCUCAAUUUAGGACAUCAAUCACAAGGUGGUAUUAAUACAAACGAACCAUAUUCAUCUUAUACUGGUGUUGUACUAAAUGCCGCCAAAUCAUUAUCAAAAAGCGUUGUUAAAAUUGGUGAAAGUGUUUUAAAUACAAUGUCAUCACAAUCUUCAACGAUGGCUUCACAAUCUAAUUUGACAGAUUCGAAACCAUCCACAUCUGUCUCAUUACAACAACAAAAACAUCAUCAUACAUCAACAAAUAGUAGUAAUUCAACAACAACAAGGCAUAGAAAUGGUUCAGGAAAAGAUGAUUCACAAGCGGGAAUCGUUACCAUCGUCGAUACAUUAAAAUUAUUUGGGUCGUCAAUUCAUGAUGAUAAACAAAAUUGGAUAGUUGCUCAUUUCCAAGCUCAUAGUGAACCGGUUAGUUAUUUACAUUUUAAUCCAAGUGGUCAUUUACUUGUCACUUGUGAUGAUUGUGGCCAUUACUUCAAUGUAUUAGAAAUACAAACAUCGCCGUAUCGUUGUACACGAACAUACGUCAAACAUUUAUAUACACUUUUUCGCGGUGAUACCGAUUGUAAAAUUGCUCAUAUGACAUUUACAUACGAUUCAAGAUGGUUAGCAGUAUCAACAAAACGUGGUACAACACAUUUAUUUGCAAUGAAUCCUUAUGGUGGCUCUGUAAAUAUUCGCACACACAGCAAAGCCUAUGUUGUUAAUAAAGCCAGUCGUUAUCAUCGAACAGCUGGUUUAGACGAUCAUUCACAUGUAUUCGAAACACGUCGAUCGUACGCAACAAAUAAUGAACAAACUAAAACGGAGAUUAAUAGUAAUAAUUCAUCGGCAAUAAAUAAAAAUAACUCAACCAAUUAUAAUAAAAAUUCAAAACAACGUACAAAUGACUCGUUAUUAUUGCCUGCUGUCACGUUAAUACGGCAACCAACGGAUGGUCUCACUGGUAGUUUAAGUGCACCGUUUAAUGUUGAUUGUUUAUGUCUAGCAGCUAUAUUUGGAGUUACACGUGCAUUUAUUAAUCCAGAAGAUAGCAUCACACAUCAGGAACAACGACCGUGUUAUUCAUUCUUUGUUAUUAGCUGGCAUGGAAGAUUAAUUGAAUAUGUACUAGAACCAGGACCAGAUACAACAAAAAAUACACGUGUUACAUCUGAAACACCACUAAUUUUAACAGCUUAUCCGAAAGCGCAAUGGCCUUUGCAGAAAUGUACAACAUGGCCAGAAGUACGUAUGGAACUUGGCUACGCAGCACUAUCUCAAGGCAAUACAUUUACUCGUCCAUCAUCGGCUACAAAAAUUAAUUUUAAAGAUGACUGGCUAAGACAAGUGGAAAUGAAUACCCAUGUGGGACCGGCUCGACGCUUAUGGAUGGGUCCACAAUUUCAAUUUAAAACCUAUUCUGAGGCAACAGUGAGUGUUUGCCAUCCAAAUUCAAGUGUCUUCACUGCUGAUCUACCACAAAACUCAAUGAAUCUUGUUGAAGCUGAUUUAAAAUCGUUACCCAUGCAAUGGUCAAAAUCAACUCCUGUACAAAUGCCAAACAUGCAGAAAGAUAUAUCUCCUGCUUACAUUGAAGUGGGCUCGGGUAGUUUUCAAGAUGCACCAUCAUUAAGUAUUUAUGGUAGUUCGUUUGAUAGUUUAAAAUCUGAUUUUGAAGUUGAACUUGUAGAAAAAUUAUUUGAGGCGGCAAAUGAUUCCACUCUAAAAAAUGGUAGUAAUGGUGACAAUGAUUCAUUAUGUUCAUCAACGUGUAGUAGUACAAUUCGUGGUCAAAAUUCAAUGACAGAUAUGAUUCCAUCAUUUCCGGACGCUGAUGCACCCGAUUAA